CAACCAUGUUUUAGUCGGCCAUGUUUUUCAAGCCUUUACUGCAACAGACUGGUUCAACUGUCUACAAACAUGCCAUGAUGAUCCAAGAUGCAUCUGGUACAACUACCAGAGAUCUGCAGAAGCCAACGGUCUGUGUGAAUUGAAUGACUGUGGAGUUGAAGACUUUUGCGACAGAGAAGGGUUUAUCUUUCACUCCCCAGGAUUUGUGUUUCAGCAGAUAAGGACGAUUAAAGUUAACGGGUGUUUAUCUUCCCACGGUAAAAACAGUUGCAUUUCGGAUAGAUCAGUUCCCAGGACUUCUCCAAAAAAUGUCACGAUGGUAAACAACACGUACAAGAGCAUUUUUAUCACAUGGGAUGCUGUGCCAACGAAUCAGACAAAUGACGAAAUUUUCGGAUAUGAAGUAGAAUAUUCGAUAAUAGAAGGAGGUCAACCGGCAUGGGAGAAAAGAAAAGUGUUUAGUGUUCCCGACGUACAUUUCAACCUUACAGGAUUAAUUGUGAACAGAAGGUACGAAAUCAAAGUGCGGGCCUACAACCAGUGUGGGAAUGGUCCGUCAAGUGAGGUCCUCUGGGUAAAAACGGACGAGAGAAGGCCUAAGGUGGCGCCUCCAAAUAUUAUCGCAGUGAGAGUGAAUUCGUCCUGU